GUCAGCGAUGGAUAAGCUGGCCACAUACAAGGACGCAGCAGCGACUGCGAUCAGCGUUUGCCUUCCUUUUGAGGCUGGCGGAAUGUCCGUCUCUUGUCCGAUCGGCUUGGCAGGGAGCCUCUCGCGCCUCUGGACUAUUCUCUAACCUCAGAGCCAGAGCUCCUCCUGUAGCCAGGAUUAACAAUUGAGUCUGUACUUCUCAUCCGCACUCCAGAAAAAAUCGUGUGGCAAGUUUCAUGAAUUGCGCGCGUGGAGAGUGGCUACCUUACGAGUUGGUCGCAGUUUGUCUGAAUCCGGUCGAGUGAAAGCACUGAACAGCUAUGGCCACUGUGGGAUUGCAACUGCCUGUCUGCUCCCGCAUUCUCGCAGGAGGAGUUCGGACCUCCUGUUCAGCACCUCGAGAACAAUUGCGGUCGUCUAUCGCGGGAUCUCCACUCGUCUCCCGAGGAAUUUUUAUGCGCACAGCACUCUUGGGCUUCAUGUCCUCUUCCGCACCUCCAGCAUUCGCCCGUUCUCGAGUCGACUCUGCCGUUCCUCAGGUGCUGAAGAAUGUAGAGUGGCCUGAAAAGUUCCCCUUCAAGCAGGAGGACUUCCAGCGAUAUGAUGAGGCCCCAGAUAAGGUCUUCUAUGAGUAUCCUCGUUUUGUUACCCACAUUGAUGAUCCAGCGAUCAAGGCCCUCUCCCAGUAUUAUGCAUCAGUGUUCCCACCCAGUAACACGCCAGGAGUUGCAGUGCUCGACAUGUGCAGCAGUUGGAUCUCUCAUUAUCCCAACAACUAUAAGCAAGAUGUCAUUGUGGGUAUGGGGCUGAACGAAGACGAACUCCGACGAAAUCCGAUCUUGACAGAAUAUAUAGCUCAGGACCUAAAUGAGAACCCAAAGAUUCCUUACGGGGAUAACACAUUUGACGUUAUUACCAAUGCGGUGAGCGUGGAUUACCUAACGAAGCCCCUUGAGGUCUUCAAGGAAAUGAAUCGUGUUCUCAAGCCUGGUGGCCUUGCUGCCAUGAGCUUUUCAAACCGCUGUUUUUUUACGAAGGCAAUUUCGAUCUGGACGUCAACCGACGAUUUAGACCACAUUUGGAUUGUGGGGUCCUACUUCCAUUACGCUGGGGGCUUUGAACCUCCGCAGGCACUGGAUCUCUCACCAAACCCUGGCAGGACAGAUCCUAUGUACGUUGUAUUUUCUAGAAAAUUAUCAGCUUAGCAUUACUGUCUGUAUAGAACAAGUGUACAGCACUUGAGUGAAUUCAAGUGGAUCCAACAUCCAUAAAAAAUCUUCCGGAAUCUGUAACAUUCUGUAAUUUUUAGUAAAUUUAGCCUGUUUCUAUUGUCACUCGU